AUGGAAAGAUUACGUUUGAAUUUUGGGUUGAGUGACCCGUUAGCGCAAAUUAUCCGCAAGCCCCAGUGUGCAGGUUCAACCGGUUCGGUUAUUGCCAAUCAAUCACCCAAACGAGCUCCCGUAAGAUGGGCAAAGUAUUCAGACGAUGACGAUGACUUCCCCAUAGAACUACAGGAAGAGGAGCAGCUUGGGUGGGUCAAGAUUCGUGGGCGUUUUGCUCAACGUUCCCAGGACGAUGCAGCUCAGGUCUGCAAGUGUACUACUGUACGAAGCUCAAAGACCGUGGGAGACUUUGAUUGUAUUAAGCUCAUCUGA